UGGGUCCCAGUGUAAUUUGAGAAAUGCAUCCCUGCCGGCGAUUUUCAUUGGAUUAGGAAAUUAUGGGCGGGACUAUUUUGUCCCGCUCACGGACGCUCUGUCAUCUACGGAUACGAAUACUUUUGCUACACAUUUACCACCUAGGGGUAUAUGGAGUCAUUUUCACAUGUUUAGCCAGUCGUGCGGUACACCUGGAGGUGGCGCAUUCCCUUGACACAGAUUCGUGCGUUAAUGCCCUCCGACGAUUCAUUUGUAGGCGAGGACAAGUAAACGAAUUAAGAUCCGAUAACGGGACCAACUUCAUUGCUGCUGAGCGAGAGUUGAAGGAAGCACUUAAAGCAUGGAAUCAGGACAAGAUCAGCAAGGCUUUGCAACAGAAAGGUGUGAAAUGGACCUUUAAUCCCCCUGCAGCUGCCCAUCAUGGAGGUGUGUGGGAGAGAUUGAUUCGGUCGCUGAAAAAGGUUUUGCUCUCCGUCAUAAAACAGCAAAUAUUAGAUGACGAAAGCCUCACCACUGUCAUGUGUGAGGUUGAAGCUAUCCUUAAUAACCGUCCCCUGACCACUGUAUCAGAUGAUCCAAACGACUUGGAACCGCUGACCCCAAACCACCUACUACUAUCCAAAGUACAGCCCUUGCUUCCACCGGGAACCUUUAAGCAAGAGGACACGUACGUAAGAAGACGUUGGCGCCAAGUACAAUACAUAUCAGACCUGUUCUGGUCCAGGUGGCUUAAAGAGUAUCUACCGCUCCUGCAGGAACGCCAGAAAUGGAGCAGAGUUAGGCGGAAUUUCAUGCAAGGAGACAUUGUGCUAAUAGCAGAUGUAAACGCCCCUAGAGGGUCAUGGGUUAUUGCUAGAAUCGUGAACAUCAACCCUGACCAAAGAGGUGUCGUGAGGAGUGUAAAGCUUCAAACCGGGACCAACUUAAUCGAAAGACCGGUCACCAAGAUCGUGCUCCUGGUUCCGGCUACCGAAUGAAGACGCACACUUACAUACCCUCACAUUUUGAUUUGCCUUUGUUUUAGUUGGCUCCUUUUUUUUGUUUUUCGUAUUGUUACUGCGCACCCCGCCCAUAACAAUAGGGGCCGGUGUUGUAGGAGCCAUUCCAUUGAAAGAACUGCAGGCGUCGCACUUUCGUUUUUCUUUCUGUUCGAUGACGCAAUCACUGCGUGUCCCGUGCCUAUAUAUAGUAAUUGAACGCAGGUGCGGGGGACACAGGAGACGCCGACAGAAAUCGUUUUCAACCGCUCGGUACCACGCCGCAUCUAUACACACAAUAUGAAAAGAUAGGAACGUUUUCGAGGCAAAUAAGCGACGCCGUUUUAUUUUGAACCGAACGAAUAGUGUAGGUGCAUGCAUCGUCUUUAAGUUGUUCAUUUGUUACUUUGAAUGGCACACGCCUGCAGCCACAUACACACACGGCCAUUCAUUGACCCAUUCCUGCACGCACGCACCCACCGCAACCAGCCGAUCUCCAAG